UGGCCCAGGCGGUCAGUGUGUGUCGGGACGACGACGCGUACGUGUUACUCUUGCUGGCCCCUGUGAAGCCACUUGUUCUUUACGUUUUUAACUUUGUUAGUUUUUACAACCACAUUUACGAUGACGACGGAGACCGAAACGAAGGUGGUGGAGCAGACGGAGGAGAAGGAGGAAGUGAAAGAAGAGGUAAAGAAGGAGGCAGAGGCGAAUAACGCAGAAGAGAAGUCAGACGACAAGGCGGAGAAGGCAGACAAAGAGAAGAAAGAGGAGGAGAAGAAGGAAGUGAAGGCCAAGAAGGAAGCUCCGCCGCCCAAACCGGCCGUUCAUAAGCUGGACUUCGAGAAAGAAGUAGUGUACUUGUACCAGUUCACUCGGACGCCAGUCUUACCCUCACUCAGUCCUUACUGCCUCAAGGUCGAGACUUGGUUACGACUCGCUAACCUCAAGUACGAGAAUGUGGAUCACAAGAUGAAGUACAAGAGCAAGAAGGGCCAGCUACCUUUUGUAGAGGUGAAUGGUGAAGAAAUUGCAGACUCUGCCAUAAUCAUCAAAGAACUCGGUAGCCGUUACAGCGUAGAUUUGGAUGGUGGACUCACCCAUGAGCAGCGCAAUGUUGCCCAUGCCACAAUCUCUAUGAUAGAGAAUCACUUUGCGUGGGUAGUGAAGUAUUUCUCCUUCAACAAUCCUGAUUUAAUAAUUCAGGGAUAUAAGUUGGACCUGAAGCAGGUGACACAACGAGCUCUACCGACAAUCAUCCUUAACUUCCUCUUUAAGCGUAAAUUUAAAGCGGCUGCAAAGAAGGUUCGUGCGCAUGGUAUUGGUGUUCACAAACCUGAAGAGAUAGAAGAGUUUGGGCACAAUGACUUGACAGUUCUUUCAGACCUUUUAGGAGAUAAGCCAUUCUUCUUUGGUGAUUCUCCCACUUCGCUCGAUGUGGUUGCCUUUGCCAACCUUGCACAAGUUGUAUAUAUGGACAAAGAGGUAAGCUACUCCCUCCGCGACUGGAUGGCUGAAAAUUGUCCGAACUUGGUAGAAUUCUGCAAUCGAGUAAAGGACCAAGCAUUCCCCGACUGGGAAGAAAUGUGCACAAACUUGGAUCUAAAUUCUCAUUUACCAAAGCCACCUCCAGAGGAAAAGGUUGAGGAGGUGGCAGCAGAAAAGAAAGAUGAGAAGUCAAAAGAAGAAGAAAAGAAGGAUGAGAAAGAAAAAGAUGAUACUGAAAAGGAAAAGGCCCAUAAAGAUGAGAAGGAAGGGGAAAAAGAAGACAACAAGAAAACGGAAGAGAAGGAAAAGGAGGAAGAGAAAAAGUAAAAAGUGUGAUUAUUCAAAGUUGUUGAAAGCAGUCAAGAACCAAAUCUAUUUGUAAUAUAUGUGAUAAAUGUUGUUUGAAGUAUUUUUUUUAUUUGCUUGAUACACUUUGUAUAGAUCUUCUUGUUAGUGUGGAACACAAGCACCUCCCCGUGCCGACUUAGUCGUUAACGUUUUGGUGGCCACUAUCAGAAAUAAGCUCGUUCUUACCUUCAUUGUUUACGGGAGAGUUCAAACAGUAAGGACGUGAAAUAUUUGAGGGGGAAGGGGGGGGGGUUGGGUGGGAGUGGUCCAAGCUGGAGGUUUCCAGUUGGGCUUGUACAUUAAAGGCUUUGUAAUUGUUGGGGUUUUAAUGUUUUAGGUAAGUUUAGUCCCACAUUUCCCGUUUUCCUUUGCCUUGCCGUUUGAAUUGUUACCAAUUCUCAUCGUAGAAUUCUUUGGUCUCAUUAUAUGUACUGUAGUUGACAACCUGACGGCUCAUUUUCACUGAAGGUAAUGACAAGGAUUUUAUUCAGAAUUUUAAAUAAAAAUGUUGAAGGUUGGAACUGGUGGAGUCAUAUUAUCUGUGUGGCUUGCAUAGAUUGUAGGUUUAUUCCAUAUGAGUUUUAGUUAAAUGAGUUUAAGAGCAGUAUUAUUCAUGGACCAUGAGUUUGUAAUUUUUGCUACCAUGACAAAAAUUUCUUUAUUCUCAUUUUUAAUCACUUUUGUAAUAUUAGUUUGUACAUUACUAGCUUUUAAUAUGGCAUCUAGAACAUUAUGAUAGUUUUUACACAUGGAAGUUAUUUUGUAAUAAGGAAAUACUCAUUUUAUAGGUUCUCUUUGAUACGAGGGGAAAAAAUUUCCCACCGCUUUUUGUGAUAGGAAUGCUCAUUAACCAAGUCAUUGGUUUAUCUGGGGUUUUUGCCCAGAAACACUGCCUUGCUGUAAUUUACCUGAUAGUUAAGUGUAAACCUAUUCUAGUAUGAAUAUGCAAGUGAUCUACAACCCUCAGGGUUUAGAUUCUGGUUACUGAGAGCCAGCAAGACAUGUGAAGUGAAGGUUCUAAAGCAUGACUGAUAUUAUCCAUGACACAAGAACCCUAGAUAGCCCAGGCUUGGCAGUUUGCAAAAUUGAAACAAUCCAAAGACAGUGUCAUGGCACCAAAGUAGUGAAUAGGGACCAGAGUGCCGCACAAUCAAAAUUAUGAUAAGGCACAAGGACUUUAGCGGUGAGACAUGAGUGCUGAGAAAGCAAAAUAUAUAUAUAUGGCAUUUCUAAAGAAUUUUAUACUAAAGGAAGUUGCACAGUAUUUUUGGUCAAUUGUGCUGUGAUAACCUGAACAUCAGUUUUGUAAGAAGUGCUGAAUAGAAGUAAGCCAUUCAUACAAUGAACUUUGUAGCCUUGUGCUUAGUCCAAAUUGUAAAGAUUUAUCCUAAAAUUGCUACUGUUUGGCUAGAUAUUGCCCUAGAAGUCUUGCUAGACCCUUCAGAGUGUAUGAUACCAUGUUUGUACCCUAGCUUUUGUACACUUGGUACCUUAAGGCUUCAGCAUUCGUGUAGUAGGUGAUAUAUCUGGAAUUUUUAUUAUAGGCACAUAAACCAUGGUUAUCAUGUAUACACAGACAUAUUUAUGUUCCUCAAUAAAUGUAUCCUUUUAGGAAAA